UUCAACGCCUCCUCCUUUCCAACAAGAAACAGUGAUCUGAUAUUCCAGUCUGGGUUUUCCUUCGAUGUUUUUGUGUCUUUUGUGCUGCGUUUGGGAAGAGAGCCACAGAUCAGAUUGUUGGAAACUUUCAGAAUACAAUCAGUCAUUGAAAGAAGAGCUUGUGUUGCGGUCGGACAGCUGCAGAAGGUGAACUGUUUAUGGGACUACUGCUGGACUAUUAUUAUUGUUCUUCUUCCUCAUCUUGAUGAAUCUCUGAGCCGGUUAUACUGCUGCUGCAGGAUAAAGAGUGAAAGAGAGAGGGAGGCAUGCUGUGGGUCAGAUCCAGGUUGGGUGAACCUGAAACCUAGAGUAUUUCUGUGUCAGAGUGCCCCUGAAGAGAGGAGAUGGGCUGGAAUAAUAACACCUGCAGCACACCUGCCUAAGUCCACAAGGACUCCUCUCCCCCACCCUCAAACCCAUUCCCUUCUUCACCUUCUAUACCUCUGCCAAAAUCCUAAAUAGCCAAAUGACUGCAGAUUUAAAAUUUGAUCAUUAAAGGCAUUGGACAUACUGGCCCUGCAUGGAAAAAAAAUACCUAAAGUAACUUUCAGGAUCUUUAGAAAUAAAUUAUUUGUCAAGCCUGAAAGCAUUUGGAUGGAACAUCAGCCCAGCAGCUUUCAAACUAGAGCUUCUGGGAAUGGCAAAAUGAGUGCUGUCAUACUAUGAUGAUGGCAAAAAAACAAGAUGCCCGGGCACCAACCUACAACCUUGUUGUGGUAGGUUUGUCCGGGACUGAAAAGGAAAAGGGGCAAUGUGGGGUAGGCAAGUCCUGCCUUUGUAAUCGCUUUGUUCGACCCAGUGCUGAUGAUUUUUAUUUGGACCACACAUCUGUUUUAAGCACAAGUGACUUUGGUGGUCGAGUGGUAAACAAUGAUCACUUCCUGUUUUGGGGUGAGGCAGUACGAAUGUUGGAAGAGGGUGCUGAGUGCCGAAUGCAUGUGGUGGAACAGACAGAGUUUAUUGAUGACCAAACGUUUCAGCCUCAUCGAAGUACUGCCUUACAGCCCUAUAUCAAGCGGGCAGCUUCCACCAAACUUGCCUCUGCUGAGAAGCUUAUGUAUUUCUGCACAGAUCAACUAGGACUAGAGCAAGACUUUGAGCAGAAGCAAAUGCCUGAAGGCAAGCUUUUAGUGGAUGGAUGUUUACUCUGUGUAGAUGUGAGCAGGGGAAUGAACCGAAAUUUUGAUGACCAGAUGAAGUUUGUCACCAAUCUCUAUAAUCAGCUAGCUAAGACCAAGAAGCCAGUUGUACUUGUGUUGACCAAGUGUGAUGAAGGAGUUGAGCGGUACAUUAAAGACUCUCACACCUUUGCCUUGGCCAAGAAGAAUCUGCAGGUUGUUGAAACCUCAGCACGCUCUAACGUUAAUGUUGACCUUGCCUUUCUUACCUUGGUGCAGUUGAUAGAUAAGAGUAGAGGGAAGCCCAAGAUCAUUCCAUACUUUGAAGCCCUCAAGCAGCAGAGUCAGCAGAUAGCAUCCGCUAAGGACCGCUAUGAGUGGCUGGUAAGUCGCAUUGUGAAGAACCAUAAUGAAACAUGGCCCAACAUCAACCGCAGAAUGCAGACAUCCCCUGAAUACAAAGAGUAUGUCUUCCUUGAGGGUACUUCCAAGGCCAAGAAACUAUUCCAGCAACAUGUGCACAGGCUCAAGCAACAGCAUAUAGAAAAGCGGCGUAAAAUCUAUCUCAGCACACUCCCACAGGCUCUCAAUUCCUUGGCUCCAGGCCUGGAUGAGAUUGAUCACCUGAGCUGGUCAGGAGUACAGAAAGUUCUCGAGACUAAGCGGGAAUUCUCCCACUGGUUUGUUGUGCUGGAUGACACACCUUGGGAAACUACACCACACAUUGACAACAUGGAGGAUGAACGUAUUCCACAGGACCUUUUGGAAACCCCUGCAGCGGAGAAAAUCUAUGAGUUUCACUUAGAACACCUGCGCAAUGAGCGAAAGCGGGCAGAAAUGCGAUGGGAAUUCAAAGAGAAACUUGCAUCUUCGCCAUUUGUUACACCUGGCAAACCCUGGGAGGAAGCUCGUAGCUUCAUAAUGAAUGAGGAGUUUUAUCAGUGGCUAGAGGAGUCUGAGUACCUUGAUAUCUAUAACAAAUACCAGAAGAUUAUUAUUGACCAAGCCAAAGAGGACUUCCAAGAACUUUUACUGGAGUACUCAGAGUUGUUCUAUGAGCUUGAAGUUGAUGCUAAGCCCAGUAAAGAAAAAAUGGGUGCCAUCCAAGAGGUUCUUGGAGAGGAGCAGAGGUUCAAGGUCCUGCAAAAGCUUCAAGCUGAGAGAGAUGCCCUAGUGCUCAAGCAUAUCCAUUUUGUCUACCACCCUACUAAGGAAACCUGUCCAAGCAGUCCUCAUUGUGUGGAUGGCAAAAUUGAGCAACUCUUAGCCCUUCGUUUUCCCACUCGAUAUUCCUUUGAUGGGAGCUCAAAAUCACAAUUUGGUGAGGGAAAGGUAGACAGAAUUAAUCUUGUGAUCCUUGGCAAAGAUGGUCUUGCAAGAGAGUUAGCUAAUGAGGUCAGAGCACUGUGCACCAAUGAUGAACGGUACGUGCUAGAUGGAAGGACUUAUGAACUGGCUCUUCGACCUAUAGAGGGAAAUGUACGCCUUCCAGUGAACUCCUUUCAUACCCCCACUUUUGCCCCACAUGGUUGCCUCUGCCUCUACAACUCAAAGGAAUCCUUAUACUAUGUUUUUGAUAGUAUUGAGAAAUUACGAGAAUCAACCAUAGGUCGAAGGGAUACUAAUCUAGUUCAGCUUCCCUUGUCUCUUCUGUUGGUCACCAAAAGAGGUGUUGGUUCAAUUUCUGACAUUGGAGGUGAAACGGCACAAAGCCUGAUCCAACAAGGUCAACAAGUGGCUGGCAAAUUUCAGUGCAGUUAUUUAGAGCCUGCUUCUCCAGGUGUGGGCUAUGGUCGCAAUAUAAAUGAAAAACAUUUAAACCAGAUACUCAAAGGUCUAUUAGACACACGAAGACCCUCAGUUAGCCUUGGCAGUAGCUCCCCACCUUUGCUACCUGCACUUGCAAGUUUCAGAGACUCCCAGCAGAGCACAGAGGGUGACUUGCGAAUCGUAAUGUGUCUGAUGUGUGGAGAUACAUAUGAUGUUGACCAGCUUCUUUCACCAUUCUUGCUGCCCCAGCACUGUCGGCCCUCUUCCAGUCUAUCCAGUGGAACAUCAGUUUUCUUGGAUUUAUCUAUUGGUGGCAAAAGGCAAAGCAUUGAUCUUGCUGUUCUAUCUUACCACUCAUCUUUUUCCUUACGUAAAAGCAGAUUAGUGCAUGGUUACAUAGCAGUGUACUCAGCCAAACGGAAGGCUUCCAUGGAAACCCUUUGUGCCUUCCUUUGUGAAGUCCAAGACAUUAUUCCAGUGCAGUUGCUUGCUGUUGCAGAGACUCAAUCGGAACUUGCAGACUCUGAGGCAGUCCGAGAGCAGCUUGCCCAAGGGGAGGAACUGGCCCAUGAAAUUGAUGCCCGUUUCAGCUCUGUAAUCUGUGGACCUGGUGGGGUGGUGGGAGGCUUGCAUCGGAUAGACCACUUCCAGCCAUUCUUUAAGGAGGUAGUGGAGAAGAAAACCAUUGUAGAGGCAACAUAUAUGUAUGACAAUGUCACCAAUGAGAAUGUUUCUUCACCUCGAUGUGGCUCCCCAAGCAUCACAUUGCUGGACUCGGAGGAUGACAUUGAGCCCUCCCCACCUUAUCCCACCCUAAGAGAAGAUGGCACUUUGGCCCAUGGUGGAAGUUUCAAGCUCCCUGAUAUGGAGGGUGAUGCCUUCUCGCUCAUCUCUGACAUCACCACUUUUGAAAACAAGCUUAACAACAAAGUCCCACCUCAGGUGCGACCAAAGCCCAAUGUCACAUUCGACAUUCCCAAAUCCUCAAACAUCACCUCAUACAUGGACCUGGGCCUACAUGGACCUAACAGGCGCUCAUUACCAUCAGUCACCUGGCCACCAGCAACUGAAGGUGGUUAUGAUCCAUCUGACUAUGCUGAACCUAUGGAUGCUGUUGCAAAGCACCGUCCCACAGAGGAGGAAAAUAUUUACUCUGUACCACAUGACAGCACACAGGGCAAGAUCAUUACUAUUCGCAAUGCAAACAAAAGUCAUUCUAAUGGUGCAGGAAAUGGAUCAGACAGUGAGGCAGAUAGCAGUUCAUUAGAACGUAGACGGAAACUCUCUGCUCUUGGAGUUAAACCUGGGCUGUAUCGUGAUCGCUCCAAACGCCUUGGAAAGUUUAGCAGCUUCCGCACAAGCUUCAUUGGCAGUGAUGAUGAGCUUGGAGGUCUUCCCAAGAUGAAAGAAGAUGAGCUUGGUGUGCAGAAAGGGGACAGUUCCUUGAAUGAAGAAGGCGAGGACCCAAAGAGGAGGAAUAUCUUGAGAAGUCUGCGAAGAAAUACCAAGAAAACACGGGCAAAGGCUCGUCAGUCAUCGUUGCCCAAACCUCUUGAGAGUAACUACUUCGGUGUCCCCUUGGCCAACGUUGUCACACCGGAGCGGCCCAUUCCACUGUUCAUCGAAAAGUGUAUCUGCUACAUUGAGGCUACAGUAUGUGACAAGAAGUCUUUUUAUGAAAUGGCAAAGCCGAAAACACGGGCAAAGGCUCGUCAGUCAUCGUUGCCCAAACCUCUUGAGAGUAACUACUUCGGUGUCCCCUUGGCCAACGUUGUCACACCGGAGCGGCCCAUUCCACUGUUCAUCGAAAAGUGUAUCUGCUACAUUGAGGCUACAGGGUUGAGCACAGAAGGGAUCUACAGGGUGAGUGGAAAUAAGGCCGAGAUGGAAAGCAUGCAGCGGCAGUUUGACCAGGACCCUAACAUUGACCUGAUCGAGAAGGACAUGUCUGUGAACACGGUGGCUGGAGCGAUGAAGAGCUUCUUCUCAGAGCUGCCUGAUCCUCUGGUACCCUACAGCAUGCAGACGGAGCUGGUGGAGGCCUUCAAAAUCAAUGAUCGAGAGCAGCGUCUCCACACCAUGAAGGACGUGCUCCGCAGGUUCCCUCGAGAAAACUGCGAGGUCUUCAAAUACGUCAUCACUCACCUGAACAAGGUGAGUCAAAACAGCCGCCUGAACCUGAUGACCAGCGAGAACUUGUCCAUCUGUUUCUGGCCGACGCUAAUGCGGCCCGAUUUCACCACCAUGGACGCGCUGACGGCCACACGCACCUACCAGAUGAUCAUCGAGACAUUUAUCCACCAGUGUGCUUUCUUCUUCUACAAUCAGCCUUUGGCCGACACACCCAGCGGCCUGCCUGGACACCCUGCCUCGCCUACCACCAUCUUGUCUUCUGCCUCCUCCAUACCAGGCUCCGCCUACUCUGCCUGUUACGCCCCAUUACACCCCGUAGCCCCGCCCUUCAGCCCAGUCCAACAAUCCCCGCCCCAUUCUCCACCCCCAACCCCUCAAUCCCCAAUCCAGAGCCUGCUGCCUUCGCUCCACCCCCAUCACACCCCUACGGAACAACACAUGCUGUGAACCUGUAGACGAGGAGGAGAACUUUGGGAGCACUGAAAGAGAUGAAUUGAAUGGAAGAAACUUCUGAGGAGAUUGCACGGCUGUGCCUGACUUGUCACAAGCAAAAGCAGUAGAGGAACGAGAAAGAAAAAGGUCAAGAGUACAUGAGCUACGUCAACCACACUUCAUUGCCCACUUUCUGCAUCAUGCUACUCCAUAAAUUGCAGCGCCGCUCUGUUCUUGGCCCUUUAUGCUCCUCACACACACAUAGAUAACUGCACGUGAAGUGUGGUAACCCCAAACCCAGAUCUCUAAUGGAUCCAUGUGACGUAGGUGUUGCACUCUUGCUGGUUCAGCAUUGUCUUCGUCAGUUGGCGACCAAUGGGUGUUGGGGUAUAUGAACAAAUGGGCUGAACCCCACCUCAUAUUCGGGUGACCACUGUACGCAACCUCUUAGAAAUAAGGUUAAGCGGGCCAACAGGAUGGCCUAUAUAUUCACCAGAUUCUUGUCGUAACUUCCGACAACUGUUAUUAUAAAAUUAUGAAAACAAAAUGCUUUUUUCCAAUGCAGCAACACGACCAUAUUCCUACUCCUUAUUUAAUCAAAGUUUCAGCCUUUUAAAAAAGAGACAAAAAUCAAAAGACAAAACUAGAACUUGACUAACUGGAUCUAGUUUUGCUGGAAUGGUUGUCUGUGGAAUGCUUUUGCACAGCAUUCUGGGAUUUGAAAUCUUUUCCUCACCUUUAUCCCCUGGCGCAUGAGCCUCCAGAACAUGCUGGAAGACUAAUGCUUCUUUUAUUGCAGAAUGUCCUCACAACCAGAUAACCCUCAGUUUCCUGCUCCACGAGGAUCUUCGACUUUGUUCAGUGUCUGCUCAUUUGGGAGCUGUAUUAUUAUUCUUAUUACACGUUUGCAGGAAGUCCCUCCCUUCUGGCUUAUGUUGGAUCUGUGGACUGGUUUUUUGUGCACAUGGUUGGUGAAUCAAGGAGUGGUGAGUUCUAAGGGAUGGGUUAGGUUGUGGUCCACCUGCGUUUGGAGGAGAGGUAUGCACUAAAUCAAGAGUUGCAUCACAGAUCCGGAAGGUCAAGGAAGGUUGCACUAGAGGAGACGCUGUGUCUUACCUGUACCUAUUCAGAUGGCAUUGAAUCAGUGAGCUGUGGAAGCCUAGAGGAGGAUGAGAGUGAAGAUAGUGGCAUAGCUGGAUGAAAUAAUGGCAUUCAGAAAAGAUAAAGUCUUCAAUGUGUUUGAAAACAGCAUGUGGUGCGUUAUCAGAGUGAGAGAAUAUGAGCUUGCAGUUAGUGGCUUUUUGUCAAGACUUCAGAGUUGACCUCAGAAGGAUGACAUUGUUUAUAAAAUGCCAGAAGUUUUUUUUUUUUAAAGAAAGAUUGGGGGGUUAGAAAACCUGGGCACAGAAACGGGAAAGUUAAUGAGGUAGCUUGUGAGUAGGCCUUUCCUUCAGUGGGCUCUUGGAGUACAACACUACCACCCAGUGGACAAAGCAGGUAUUGCAUGAUGAAAUUCCGCUCGUAUUCAGGCUAAUGCUACAUUUUUGUUUUUCUAGAAACUGCUGGAUGCAUUCACAAUCACCUGAUUCACUUUCAGCAUUCAAGUUCAUACCAAUAUUCCCCGGCAUUUAUACUUGUACUCCAGAUUAGGUAACAGAUCAUUUUCUGUGACUUUUGAGUUUAUUUGAACUCAAAAGAGUCGGUUUGUUUUGAGCCGUGGUUUUCAAGCAGGGAGACAUUGUGAAACUGUGAAACAAUCACAUUUAUGGAGAUCAAUGAAUGUAUCCCAC